AUGACAAAUCGCAAAGACCAGUUGACGUUGCCCACAACCGGGAGUAGCGAGCAGCCAUUGAACACGAAUAAUGUCACAGAGAAGAAGAUCACAUUCGAAACGCCGCCGGCUGAAACCGAGCAAUGCCUGGGGUCGCGGGUCACCUUCAGCGAAGAGUCCGUAGCCAUCGAGAACAUGGGCUCCAAGAUGGGCAAGUUCUCGAGCUCGCGCGAAAUCGCCGAACUCACCGAAGAGACGGUGGAUCAGGACGACCGGGAAGGUUGGGACAACAAGAUGCAGUUCAUGAUGGGUGUCAUCUCGUACGCGGUGGGGCUGGGGAAUGUAUGGCGAUUCCCGUAUUUAUGUCAGAAGAAUGGCGGAGGUGGGUUGUUUUUUUUGCUGUUUCUUAUCAGUUUAGGCUUAAAAAAUAAGUUUUUGGAAGUUUAGGCUUAAGAAAAGAUUUUUCAAAAAUUAAGGUUAAAAAAUAAUUUUUUGGAGCUUAGGUUUACAAAAAAAACAUUUGAAAUGUGUAGGCUGAUAAAAAGGUAUUUACAACAGUUAGGCUUAAGAAAAAAGUUAUUCUAGUUUUAGGCUUAGACAAGUUUGGUCUUGAAGCAUAGGCUUAAAAAAGUUUUUUUUUCAAUAUUUAGGCUUAAAAAAUAAUUGUUUAUGAGAUUUAGGCUUAAAAAAAGGCUUUUACAAAUGUUAGGCUUAAGAAAAGCUUAUUUCAAGGAUAGGCUUAUAAAAAACUUGAAGUUUAGGCUUAAAAAAUAAUUUCUUGAGGCUUAAAUUAAAAAAAUUUUUUUCUCCAAAUACUAGGUUUAGUAUUACAUUUUGGCUUCUUUGGGCUUGAAAAGACCUUACUUUUAUACGACUUUUGGUUACUUGCAGACUGCGGGUGACAAGUUAUACGAUGAGUAGAUACAAAUGAUGAUUGUUUUGUUUUGUAAAGAAACUUCUUGCCAUUUUUUGUUUGUAAAGAAAGUUUUUGUAUUUUUCAGCUUGUAAAGAAAGUUUUUUUCAUUUUUUGAUCUAUAAAGAAAGUUACGGCCAUUUUUCACUUUGUAAAGAAAGUUCUUGCCAUUUUUUAUCAAAAUGCCAUCUUUCAGGUGCCUUCCUAAUUCCGUACGUGAUAAUGAUGGUCCUGGAAGGCAUGCCCCUCUUCCUGAUAGAGCUGGGCAUUGGUCAGCGGUUGCGAACGGGUCCGGUGGGUGUGUGGAACGCCAUCCAUCCCUAUUUGGGCGGGGUGGGAGUGUCGGCGGCGGUGGUCUCGUACCUGGUCGGCCUCUACUACAAUGUCAUUCUGACAUGGUGUAUAUACUACUUGUACCAGUCGUUCUCGCUGGAACUGCCUUGGACGGUGAGUGCUUUUGAUUACUGUAGAUGUUGAGUUGAAAAUGGGGUUACUGUAGGUUUGUUUUUGGGUAUUGUGGUACGGUAGGGUAGGGACAGAAAAAAGGGGGAUAGGCAGGUACUGUAGUGAGUCUUAGUUUAAUAUAUGAGUUACUAUAGCAUAGGACUGGGUACAGUAGGGUAGGGUAGGGUAAAUAAAGCCUGAUUCAAAUAAAAUACGGUAUUCUUGAACUUAAGGUUACGGUAGGGCUACCAUUUUUAUCUUUGGAUUACUGUAACAUCAAUGCUUUUUCAGCAUUGUCCAAAGUACGAAAAUGGCACGGAAUACGAAGAAUGUGCCAGGUCCACGACGCCCACGAAUUACUUCUGGAAUCGUCAAGCCAUCAACACUUCAGAGUAAGUUUAAAUUGAAAUUUAAAAUUUUUUUAAAUUUUAAAGAGCCAAUGUUUUUUUAUUUAAAAAUUUUUGCUUCGAUAAACAUACUUCACCGUAUUUUACAAAAAAAAUCUAACUGUUAUAAAAAUCCAAGCAAAAAAUUGAAAUUUCAAUAAUGAAAGUCAAGUGGAAGAUUUUCAGUGCAAAAUACAUUACAAAUCUUCCACCCAAAUUUCACUUUUAAAAAGUGUCAAGAAUGUGUUUUUAAGUCAUUUUAAGACAUUUUGAAAAUGUAAGUUCGGUGGAAGAUUUUCAGUGCAAAAUACAUUACAAAUCUUCCACUCGACUUCCACUUUUUUAUCCUUCACAUUUUAGCUGUUUCUAAACAUUUUAGGCUUAUCUAACCUUCAAAACCAAUAAAAAAAGCUAAAAAUAGUUAAAACCUCUAAUUAUCACCUAAAAUUUCAGUGGAAUCGGCGAAUUCGGCGGCUUCACCAUGCACAUUACAGUAUGCCUCGUACUCGCGUGGACGUUGAUCUACCUGUGCGUAAUGAAGGGUAUCAAAAGUAGUGGCAAAGUGAUGUAUCUGACUGCUACAUUCCCCUACGCCGUCACCACCAUCUUUCUAUUUCGUUCACUUAUGCUGGAAGGAGCUUUGGAUGGGCUGGUUUAUAUGUUCACUCCUGAUGUAAGUUAUCAUUUUGACUAUGACCCGCUCGUAUUUUACAAAAAAUGCUUUUUUGAAGCUUAUCAUACCAUAUAAGGUUAAAAAACGCUUAUUUUUGAUAGUAAAAUCAAGUUUUACAUGAUUAAGGUAGGGAUAGAAAAGUGGAAGAUUGGUGGAAGAUUUUCAGUGCAAAAUACAUUGAAAAUCUUCCACUUAACUUUCACUUUUAAAAAGUGUUAAAAAUGCAUUUUUAGGCAAUUUUAAGCCAUUUUAAUAAAGGAAGUUGGGUGGAAGAUUUUCAGUGCAAAAUACAUUACAAAUCUUCCACUCGACUUCCACUUUUUUAAAAUUGCUUUUUUGGCGUAAAGAACCUAUUUUCUCUUACCCUACCCUUCUUUCCCUCUUACAUACCGCCAUAUUUCAGCUGACCCGCCUGUACGAUCCAGAAGUGUGGCUAGAAGCGGCUACACAGAUCUUCUACAGUAUGGGUCUAGGGUUUGGUGGACUGAUCGCUUUUGGAUCGUAUAAUCCAAUCAAGAAUAAUGUAAAAAAGGACACGUUAUUGUUAUCAGCAGCCAAUUUGGUCACUUCCUUGUACACAGCCUUAGUCAUCUUUUGUGUGUUGGGCUACAUGGGACAUACGAACUACCACAAAUGUAUCGAAAAGUGAGUUUUUGUAGGUUGUAAAGAAAGUUCUUGCAAUUUUUUAUUUUGUUUUUCAAAUUUUUUUGUUAUAUAAAGAAAGUUCUUGCAAUUUUUUGUUUUGUAAAGAGUUUUUGCUGUUUUUUGGUUUGUAAAGAAAGUUCUUGCUAUUUUUGUUUACUUUGAAAGCUCUUUAGUCGAUUUUGAAGCCCGCAGGCUGCACGUGACAAGUUAUACGAUAAAUUAAUUAAAACUUUUUGUUUUGUAAGGAAAAUUCCUGCAAUUCUUGGCUUUGUAAAGAAAGUUCUUACCAUUUUUUGUUUCGUAAAGAAAGUUCUUGCAAUAUUAUUUUUUGUUAAGAAAGUUCUUGCCAUUUUAAACAUGACAUAAGAUUUUUACAACUUGCUUAACCAUUUUUGUUUCAGAGACAUGCUAACCCUAAUGCAAACCUACCCAGGCCGGUUCAGUUCACUGGAAGAACUCAAGGGUAAUAUCACAUUGGAUGAGUACAUCUACCACAUGGAGCACCAUUUUCAUUUGUCCGAAUUCUCGAAGAUGGCGAACCUGACUCAGGCCUGCAACUACAAGCAGAUCAUCAGUCAGGCGGCCGAGGGGACUGGACUAGCGUUCGUGGUGUUCACGGAAGCGAUCCUGCAGUUCCCGUUCCCACCCAUCUGGGCCCUCCUCUUCUUCCUGAUGCUCCUCAUGCUGGGACUGGGCAGUAUGUUCGGCACGCUGGAGGGCGUGAUCACGUCGCUGAACGACAGUCAUCUGAUCAAUGUCAAGAAGCCGGUCAUGACCGGUAUACUGUGUGGCUCGGCGUGCUGUGUCGGGCUGGUGUUCACGACGAGGUCGGGUCAGUACUGGGUGUCGAUGUUUGACCACUUUGCCGGAUCGUACGCUCUGAUGUUGGUGGCGUUCUUUGAGAUCUUCGCCGUGAUCUACGUGUACGGAUUCAGAAGAUUCUGUAGGGAUUUGGAGUUUAUGACUGGAGAGACGAUCGAAGGCUACUGGAUCUUCACGUGGAGAUUCAUAUCGCCUACCAUCAUGGUGGUACUAUUUGUGUGUUCGGUCAUCAAGUCGUUUGCUCAUGUACCACAAUACUCGGCUUAUGACUCGGUUAUGGUAAGUUGAUGUACUGUAUAAUAUUUAGGGUACUGUAGCUUUAGUAAUACAGAAAGGGGGGGGGGUACUGUAUUUGUGGAUUCUGCAGAUGGGUUUUGCAACUUGAAUAAUAUUGAUGGGGAUACUGUAGCUGAUAGUUUGAGUAAUAUAGGUGUGAAUACUGCAGUUAGAGUACUGUAUCUUGGGUAAUAUGAAGAGAGUACUGUAGUGGGGGUACUGUAGUUUAAGUUUUACAGGAGGGGGUACCGUAAUUGGGCACUUUAGCCUGUGUAAUGUAGAUAGGGUUACUUUAGGUUGAGUAAUAUAGAUUGGAGUAUGGUAGUUGAGAUACUGUAGCCAUGGUAGGGUAGGGUAGUAGGGUUGGGUAGGGUAGGGUAGGGUAGGGUAGGGUAGGGUAGGGUAGGGUAGGGUAAAGUAGGGUAGGGUAGGGUAGGGUAGGGUAGGGUAGGGUAGGGUAGCGUAGGGUAGGGUAGGGUAGAGUAGGGUAGGGUACGGUAGAGUACAAUAGAGUACGGUAGGUUACGGUAGGACACGAUAAGCACGGUAGGCUACAGUAAGGUACCGUUGGCUAUCAUAGGGUACGGUAGGAUACUGGAGACUACAGUACCGUAAUUUAGGCCACUUCAUUAACUAAAAACCCAAUUUCAGGCUCAUCAACACAACGUAGAGUAUCCAAAAUGGGCUCUGUUCAUAGCUUUUGGUAUGGUCGCGUUCGCCAUUGCUCCAGUACCAUUAGUACUAUUCGUGAGACACUUUAAGAUUGUCAAGAUGGAAGGUGACAUUCCAGUUGUAAGUCGUUGUUGGUUGCCGAGUUUUCUAAAACAAUAUCGUGUACUUGGUGUAGUUUGCCAUUUCAUAAGCUUAAGGGGCUGUUUUUCUGGAAUAUAAGCCUAAAAUGGCUUUUUAAGCUACUUAAGCCUAAAUUAGCAUUUUGGUGCUUGUCUAAGCCUAAAAUGAAUUUCUUAAUGUUUUUAAGCCUAAAGUUUCAUUUUUUGCUAGGCUAAGCCUAAAAUGAUUUUUAUAAGUUUUUAAGCCUAGACAGGCAUUUUAGGCUUAUAUUCAAACGAAAUAAGCCUAAGAUAGCACAAAGUUGACAGAUUCGUAUUUUACAUUACCUAAAGUGCUAAACUUAAAGCCAACUUACCGUAUCCUUAGUAAAAUGUUGUGAGUAAAACCUAUAAAACUACAGUAUACCUGCUUGACGUUGUGCCUUAACAGUUUCGCCUACUUUUUUCUUGUUCUGUGUUCCUAUUACAACUCUAAAACCGAGGUUUUUUGGUGUUUUGUUGGUCUUGUAAGCUUAGUGCGAGGGGGUGUACGGUACUUGGGAGAACUGUAGACUACCCUAUUUUACAAUACUUCAACUUAUUCUACCAUACAAUACCAUAUUAUACCCUACCCUAUUAUACUACUCUACCCUGCUUUAUCCUGCUCUACCCUACCCUACCCUACCCUACCCUACCCUACCCUACCCUACCCUACCCUACCCUACCCUACCCUACCCUACCCUACCCUACCCUACCCUACUCUACCCUACCCUACCCUACCCUACCCUGCCCUAUCCUACCCUAUCCUACCCUACCCUACCCUACCUUACCCUACCCUACCCUACCCUACCCUACCCUACCCUACCCUGCCCUACCCUACCCUACCCUACCCUACCCUACCCUACCCUACCCUACCCUACCCUACCCUAUCCUACCCUACUCUACCCUACCCUCUACCCUACCCUACUAUUUGAUCUACAAUAUCAUACCUUAUUCAGCCGUGCCCUGCCCUACCGGUCCUGUCUUAACUUACCUUACUUAACCCUAGCAUACCGCCUUAAGAAUAAAUCCCGACUGUAGCCUUCUUUACUCGAUUACAACAGUAAUACUAGUAAAAGUCACAGGACCCCCAAAUUACCACACCCCCGUACUACAAUUUAAAACCUGUUUAUGUUGUUUUUGUGGUAGAGGCUGAGAGAAAUCGAACUAAAAAUGAAAGUUUUUGUCGUUACAGGAUAUGGAUGACCCCUAUUGGAACACAGAAAAGGUUUGUAAAUUGUGUGGCUUAACGUUGACUGGGGGUCAUACUUUUUUUAGAUAAAAAGGGGGGGGAAUCGAUUUUUUGCGCUGAGGGAGGGAGGGGGAGUAAACAAAAAUUAAAAAAAUGAGACUUUAGGCUUAAUUUGAGCCAUACAAAGGCAAAAAAGGGUAAAGAUUGGCCAAAACUAAGGUUUUCUAUAGUCAUUCAUACUGUAAUUAAGGUCAAGCGAAUAAUACUGUAUUUUUGAAGUUUCAAACUUUUAAAAAAUGGUUAAAUUUAAGCUAAAAUACAACUUAAUUUACAAGAAAUGUCAUCCAAAGUUUGAUUUUUUCAGUAGAAAGUUGUUCAAAAAUGCUGAGCUACCCAACCCUGAAAAUUUGCUUUAUAGGUAGCUCAAAAGCUUUUUGAACAACCUGAUAUGUCAUGUAUAAGGUAGAUAUGACUUUUUUAAUAGUUAUGACGUUUUUUUCAAUACCUUUUAAUAAAAAAAAUUUUUUGAAAAACCGUUCUUAGUACCCUGCUACUGUGCCUAACCCACUGCUUACCUAUAUGGUACUAUAACAUCACAAAAUAAAAAUGAUGACAUUAAAAACUUUUAGGCCGCCAAAUGUCUGGGAACAAGUGCCAGUACCACUUACAUGCUACGAAGUCAACAAUCAUUCAACAGAAUGGCCGAGUCCAAUGCCAGUGAGCUACCCAACAUUGGUCGACCAUCGAAUGGCACUGACAAGCCUUAUACGAACGGCAAUCGACUGGCGGUCGAUCCGAAGGCUAAUGGCGCUCCGGCUAAGUAA